GGGCUGCCGGGUGGCCGGGGCGGGGCCACGCCCGAGCCCCGCGUACCGCUCCGAUGGCCGCCCCCGGCUCCCCGCGCUGCCCCUUCUCCCCCGGGCCGCGCCCCGGGGCCCCGCACUGACGGCCCAUGGCGCCGCCCGCCGCCCGCCUCGCCCUGCUCUCCGCCGCCGCGCUCACGCUGGCGGCCCGGCCCGCGCCCAGCCCCGGCCUCGGCCCCGGACCCGAAUGUUUCACAGCCAAUGGUGCAGAUUAUAGGGGAACGCAGAAUUGGACGGCACUGCAAGGCGGGAAGCCAUGCCUGUUCUGGAACGAGACUUUCCAGCAUCCAUACAACACUCUGAAAUACCCCAAUGGGGAGGGGGGCCUAGGCGAGCAUAACUAUUGCAGAAACCCGGAUGGAGAUGUGAGCCCUUGGUGCUAUGUGGCAGAGCACGAGGACGGCGUCUACUGGAAGUACUGUGAGAUUCCUGCUUGCCAGAUGCCUGGAAACCUUGGCUGCUACAAGGAUCAUGGGAACCCACCUCCUCUAACUGGCGCCAGUAAAACGUCUAACAAACUUACCAUACAAACCUGUAUCAGCUUUUGCCGGAGUCAGAGGUUCAAGUUUGCUGGGAUGGAGUCAGGCUAUGCUUGCUUCUGUGGAAACAAUCCUGAUUACUGGAAGUACGGGGAGGCAGCCAGCACCGAGUGCAACAGCGUCUGCUUCGGGGAUCACACCCAGCCCUGUGGCGGUGAUGGCAGGAUCAUCCUCUUUGAUACUCUCGUUGGUGCCUGCGGCGGGAACUACUCGGCCAUGACCGCAGUGGUCUAUUCCCCUGACUUUCCCGAUACCUACGCCACGGGGAGGGUCUGCUACUGGACCAUCCGGGUUCCGGGAGCCUCUCACAUCCACUUCAACUUCACCUUGUUCGACAUCAGGGAUUCCGCAGACAUGGUGGAGCUGCUGGACGGCUACACCCACCGUGUCCUGGUCCGUUUCAAUGGGAGGAACCGCCCACCUCUGUCCUUUAACGUCUCUCUGGAUUUUAUCAUUUUGUAUUUCUUCUCUGAUCGCAUCAAUCAAGCCCAGGGAUUUGCUGUCUUAUACCAAGCCGUCAAGGAAGAGCUGCCACAGGAGAGGCCCACUGCCAACCAGACACUGGCUGAGGUGAUCACGGAGCAAGCCAACCUCAGCGUCAGUGCAGCCCGGUCCUCCAAAGUGCUCUAUGUCAUCACCACCAGCCCUAGCCACCCACCCCAGACUGUCCCAGGAUGGACAGUAUAUGGCCUGGCAACCCUUCUCAUCCUUACAGUCACGGCCAUUGUAGCAAAGAUACUUCUGCACGUCACAUUCAAAUCCCAUCGUGUUCCUGCUUCAGGGGACCUUAGGGAUUGUCGUCAGCCAGGGACGUCGGGGGAAAUCUGGACCAUUUUUUAUGAGCCUUCUACUUCGAUUUCCAUCUUUAAGAAGAAGCUUAAGGGUCAGAGUCAACAAGAUGACCGUAAUCCUCUUGUGAGUGACUAAAAGCUCCCUUCUCCAUGCCCAGGACACGAGGUCCCUCUGAGAUCAAGGCCACUGGGGACCCGUGGUUUCCUCUGACCGACUCUCCCUGCCUCUCCCUUGGCCUCUCUGUCAGCCUCAGCAGGAACGCCAUCCUACGAGCCGGGAAGGGACACCUUGCUGCAGGGGCAGGCGUAGCCUGGACUCGCCCUGCUUCAUCACUGCACUUAGGAGAGAGACUCAAGGUCCCGGAGUCUGGGCCUUCCCUGUACCUCUGUCUCUCUCAUCUAGGAAUGGGGGUGUCAGGACAGAGGGGCUGUGAUGGCAGAGAUGGUUGUGUCUGGCGCUGGGCUCAGGUACCUUCUAGACAACGGUAGGGUGGUGGGUAGGUGUAGUGUAUGCUGAGUCUUGCUUGCUUCUUCUCUGUUUUGUCCUCACAACUCGCUUUCUCCUGGUCUUUAUGGUUUAAAACAGGGAGAAUUCUGAGGUUCUUUUGGGGACUGGCCUGGUCCUGUACUCCUGGGCAUUAGCACCCCAAAGCAUAAAGAGGGCCUGUGCUCUGUGCUGACUCUGGGGCCUAGCUCGUUGGGUGCUGAAUGAGGAUGGGCCUCCUCCAACCUGGGAGAGCCUGGGAAUUGACCUCAAAUCAUGUCAAACGUGCCACCUGCCACACACGGGCUUCUCUCUACAGCUUCUUUCCAUAGCCUGGUGAUCAGCAGAGCAAGCCUGCAGACGGUUGUAUAAAACAUCCAUGUCGGCUCUACGGAAAGCUUUUAUAGGUGCUCAGUGACUCCUUAUUGUAUUGGAUGACCUGACCUUGCCCCUGAGCAGCUCACGGUCCUGUGGAACUUGAGCCAGGCCCCGUCUCUCCACGAUUCUCUCAGUUCAGUAUGGGGCUUAGCCUUUAGACAGCAUUAAGUGCGACCCAGGCGCCAGCAGUCCCUCCUUUGAGCGUCCCUCGUCUUAAAAGAAGAUGAAAAAACAGCAGGCAGCCUGUGCUCUCUGAGGCCCUCUCUGCCCCUUCUUAUGGGGACAGAAGGCAGUUCUGGAAAAGCUCAGUGGCAGGGAGAGGGCUCUUGCCCCUGGCCUCGCACUACCCAGCCCUUCAGACGGGGAAGGGAGUUGCUGGGAGUGGCAUGAGGGCUGAGAGAGGGAGGCUUUGGGGGCCGGAGACCCUCCGAAGGUAGGCCUCCUAAGAUUGACGGGUGCAGCUGCAGUGGCUGCCGGUUGAGAGCAAGAGCCUUCUCCAGCUUAGAAGUCCCCCGCAUCCGUCCAAAAGUAGGCUUUGUCAGCAGCAGCUGAGAAGAGCAGCCCAUGCCCCUGAAGGCCAGGCCUGGGCCAGGCCUGGGUGAUUGUCAGAGCGUGACUCUCCCAGCGGCACCUGGGCCUCUGGCCUCACAGUUCUCUCUUCGGAGCACUUUGCCCACCUCUCCCAAAUCCCUAAGCUACUGCCUGCUGUGGCCUUUCCUGGGGUUCCGCCAUGCUGGCAACCCAUCUGUGUACCUGGCUGCUCCCAGAAAGGCCGAGGACCGUGUGGGGCCAGCUGGGAGGUAUCUGCAGGGCGACGUGACACCCGGCAACCAGGGGAGAGGUUGGGACCUGGCCCGCAUAGGGGCACGAGAAGGGGGGAAUGGGGCAGUGUGUCCACAGGAGGGCAGGGGUGCUGCCCCAGGUACUGGGUCAGGCCUGUGGCAGGCACGGAGCUGCUUGAUGCUGUCUUCACGCUUUGAUCUGGAAAGGAUAAUUACCCGGGAGCAGCUGUCCACAGGCCUCUGGGUCUGCAGGGAGAGGCCUGUCCCACACAACUGGAAAUACACUGACAUGUGCAGUCUCCCCUCUAAGCUAUUCCCGGCUGUCGUGGAAUCUCCUCUGAACCAAGUGUCAGGUGUAUGCAGUCACAAAGGGCCCUGUGCCCUGAAUAGAUCCAUUGAUAGCACAAAGGGAAUGUGGAAUUUAGCCCCUGGAGGGGGUUGCCUGGCCAAACGGCAGUUGUUCAGCUGCCUAGGGCUUCCUGUGGCCGUUGGCCUUUGGGGCAUCCCGUGGGCACUGCCACCCACCCUGCCCACCUUACACAGCCAGUGUGUUGUCUGACUCUGCAGCUGGAGCAGCCCAUUCGGAGUCCCAGGAAGUGCUGGUGACGCCCCAGUGACCUCCUUCCUGCUGGUCCUGGCAUAGCCCACUGCCAGCAGGAUCAACUUACUGUCCAGGGAGCAGCCCCAGGAAACCCAAACCAGCCUCAGGACAGCGCUGGGGGAGAGAGGCCAUAAAUUGUCCAGGCCGAACCUCCAUAAACACCUCAGCCUCAGCCCUGGCCCUGGUUGGAACCUGUCAGCAACACCCCACAGAGGGUCCCCUGUGGCUAAGUAAAUACCUGAGAAAUAAAUUGUCCCAGAGGAAGUGAGGGAUGCUUCCAGGAGCACAGUAGGAGGCCUAUACUUGAUCUGGAAAGAUCUGUACUUUGGAGAGAAAGUGGAGAUGGGAGGGGUUGAAAAGCAUGCCCCUGAGAAAGGAUCACAAGCAGAUUAUGCAAGAGGAAGGGGAGGGGCUUUGGGGACCACCAUGGCUGCCGCUUUGAAAGCAUCCUGCCCAGACCCUCUGCCCUGAGGUGAUAGAGGGAAGGAGGAAGAGGCUGUAACAGGGCCUCUGGGCCUGUGUGCGCUCCUCACCCCUUUAGUGCGGGACCAGGGAGGGAGCUCUGCCGGUAGCUGAUCUUGAGGCCUCCGUGGUAAAUGCACCACAGCCAGUUGUGAACCUGAUCUCUGGUCUCUUAGCCGCCUUUCACAGUGUCCUUGGCCCCUCUGGAAGGCACAUGGCGCCCCAUGUUCUUCCCCAAGUGUCCAAUUACUUGCAGAACAGAGGAGGUGUAGGCAUGAACCCCACGUGUCUCCUCCACAUCCCCCUUGUCAGGACAGGGUUGAGGUCUCUUUCUGGGCGUGAGCAAGGUAACCAGCCUGCUGUGACUUCUUCAGUGUGGGUUCUGGCUCAAGACUCCCAUCGGCCAGAAACCCACAAAGAUCAAAGCACUAGCAAGUACAGCUGUUCUGGCCCUCGGGCCAAACCCAUACAACGCUACCCACUCGCCCCAUUGUCAGCCCAGGGCAGGAGCUGGCCUGACCCCCUCAGGAUCCCACGAGACCAUCUUGACGCACCAGCAGGGCUUGUAGGCCAUCACCAAGCCCCAUGCAUCCUGGGCACUUGAUCUUCGAGAGCACUUAUCAGUGGAUGGCCUCUGAGAUCCCGUCUCCCUUGUCUGAUGAGGCCAUCCAGGUCUCCCAGAGCCCAGCCAGCUCCCCACCCCACAGCCCAGUCAACCCGCACCCUCUUGGGUUUCGAUCUCCUGUUUGGUGUUUGAUGUCUGCUUUUGUUACUACCUUGGGAACUUUUAACUUUGUGAUUGUUUCCUCUGGUGUCUUUGUUUACCUUCCUCACUGUUCUACCUCCUGGCCAGGUCUCUCAGCUUAGCUGCCCUGGCGCGGGGUAUUUCUUAAACCUUCCAGCUGCAGCUGCCUCCCCUCAGACUGGACAGCUCAGGGGUGACAAGGGGCCUCACCUGCUGCCUGCAGACCCCAGCACAGCCCAUGUCACAGGCUUCUGUCUUGCCAAGUCAAACAUACUCAACAAGGCAGAAGUGGGGAGUGGAGGAAAGUCUGAGGUAAAUCUGCUUCAGAAAGGAUGUGUCUUCAGGAGCACACAGUGGGGGACCCUUUCCCUUCCCGCACAGGGAGCUGCCAUUUUGGGGUUCACGCAGCGUCAAGACCUGCCCACAUCCAGACUCACCUUCCCGCAGGGAUCUUGACUCUGGAUGACAAGGCUUUAUUUGUAAAUAUGCUCUUAAUAUGCAACUUUGAGAAUAAAAUAGAAACAUCAUGUAUUUUAAAAUAUAAGAUGAAGUGUGACGCACUGUAUACAAUUUAAUAUAUAUUUUUAGGAUUUUGUUAUUUAAGAAAAUGGAAUGUAAUGGUACUUAACUUUUACAAAAGAGAGAAAAAUGUUAUUUUUACUGUCUGGAGAAAAUAAAUAUUCUCACUGUUGUAGAAACAGCGA